AUGUACACUCAACACACCAACAAUCCAUUUGUUAACCCAGCCCAAGACGAUGCAUCGUCUCGAUAUCCAGACAUAAGCAACAUGGGGAGCCCUCAGAACAUGGGUGGCCCAUCUCAGUGGCAGUCGCAGCCGCAAUACGGUCAACCUAACCAAGGAUACAACCAGAGUGGCUUCAUGCAGCAACAGCCGCAACAACAACAUCCAGGAUAUAUGCAGUCUCAGCCCAGCUAUGGGUAUGGAAUGAGCCAAGGGAUGCCACAAGCAGCACCAUAUUCCUCCUAG